AUGUCUGACGAAAAGCAAUACAUUUCCUACAACAACGUUCAUCAGUUGUGUCAGGAGGCUGCCCCAAAGAUCAAGGCUUUCAAGCCAGAUAUUAUUAUCGCUAUCGGCGGUGGAGGUUUCAUUCCAGCAAGAAUCCUGCGUACAUUCUUGAAAGAGCCAAACACUCCAAAUAUUAGAAUCUUUGCAAUUAUCUUGUCCCUAUAUGAAAACAUUUUGACUGCAUCUGGUGGUGAAGUUGAACAGAUCGGUGUCAAGGUCCAGAGAACUCAAUGGAUCGAUUACAAGCAAUGUAAGCUAGAUUUGGUCGGUAAAAACGUUUUGAUUGUUGAUGAAGUCGAUGAUACCCGUACGACUCUACAUUAUGCUCUAAGCGAAUUGGAAAAAGACGCCGACGAGCAAGCAAAGGCCAAGGGGAUCGAUGUGGAAAAGAACCCAGAAUUCAAGACCACUUUCAGUAUUUUUGUCCUUCACGACAAGGUCAAGCCAAAGAAGGCUGAUCUUCCUGCCGAGAUUGUGAACGACAACAACCGUUAUUUCGCCGCUAGGACUGUCCCAGACUCAUGGUUGGCCUACCCAUGGGAAUCUACUGAUAUUGUUUACCACACAAAGAUGGCUAUCGAACAAGGUAACGAUGUUUUUUUACCAUAA